AAAAACAUAGGAUAAGUGAAGACAUUACUUACUUUUCUUCCACUGAUUCUCUGGUUGCGGAUAACAUGUACUGGUGUUGUUGGUGUUUCUCGUUGCCUGAUUCUUGAAUCCGCGAGUGAGUAGUGUCGAGCUCGUUUGACCAUGGAGAAAUCUCGGAACCAGAAGAUGGGUCUUGGUUUAAAUCAAGAUCCAUUGUCUCUCCUUGAACACUAGUCGACAUGAGAGCUCAAAGACACAAACUUUAUAACCCAAAACAGAAACUUUGCUUCUUUUUUUUUUUUGAAUAUUACCAAGUCCGGCUCUGGUUUACGAGUCGCGAACAAGGAAACCGUGGAAAUUGAAGUGGAUGUGUGGGUAAAUGUUCUCUUGAUCUACCUCUAAAGUCAAUCGAAUCAUGAUUGAUCCGAUUGUUUAUAGUUCUUUUAUGAUCUCCUAACUUUUGUAGUAAGUUGUUAAACUGCAUGAUUUAGGUCAUGGCUUGAAUCAAUUUAAAAUCUAAUAAAUAACAAUAAUAUUUUAUGAGAAAAUACAAGAAGGAAGGUGUAGACAUUAUCUCCAUGCAAUUAUGUGAAAUUAGGAAAAUGGAGAAGGUUGAUUCCUUAUAUAUCGUUAAGAAGACACAGUUUCAUUAUUUGACUGAAACAAAAAGCUUAAAUAAAUAAAAGAAACAUAAGGCCGGUUCUGUUAUGGUUCACACUUUUGGUUUGGGAUGAUGGUUCUGGUUGACUUCGUUUGGUUUGAUAUCUAUGACUCGGUUUAAUCGAUUCGUACUGGUAUUGGUAGCAAAAAAUAAAAAUAAAGGCCUUAAAAUCAGAUCUUCAUCACUAAUACAUCUAGUGGGCCUAAAUAAGAAUGACCCAAUACCCGUAACCUAACAGACACUCCACCGUUGAAUAUUUGCUAUAUAUACUUCAUAAUCCUUAUAACUUAGGGUUUCUAAAUCUUCAAUAAUCUAACGAUAAAUCUUCGCGAGAAAUCAGUUGCCAAAAAGGAAAGAGUGUUUGAAGGUUGACCUAACUUGAUCUCUGUGUUCAUUGGUCGUUGCUUGAAACUUGAAACAGUGACUAUGAUGAUAUUUAAUCUUCCUAGGGAUCUGCUGGAGGAGAUUCUCGCUAGGGUUCCGGUGAAAUCUAUAAGAGCAGUGCGAUCUACAUGCAAAAACUGGAACGUUAUAUCUAAAGAUGAGAGAUUUGCCAAUAAGCACAUUGGCAAAGCAGCAGCAAGAGAAAAGCAGUACCUUAUAAUUGGGGAUUCCAUGGAUUAUUUGAGUAGCGUCAAGCUCUAUGAAACUCACAAUAAAAAGUUUGGUUUAUCCAUAAACGGUAAAGCUAUAAGUAUUGCACGAGACCAUUCAGAUCAAACACUCUAUAUAUCUGAAGUCUUUCUCUCCAAUGGUUUACUGCUAUAUGUAUGCAGAAACACCACAAGCAUCAGUAGGCUUUUGCUUUGGAACCCUUAUUGGGGGAAAAUAAGAUGGAUCGAAUGCCCAGUAUAUCGUUCGUUUGAAAUUUUGGCAUUUGGGUGUGACAAAUCUUGUGGUAGCCACAAGAUUUUGAGGUUAAGCAAAGAUAACCCUGACAACCACAUGAUGGACAUCUACGAUUUGAGCUCUGAUUCAUGGAGGACUGUUGAUGUAGCUUUUGACAAGAAUGUGGGGUCUUCUGAACCUGGCUUGUCUUUGAAGGGAAAUACUUUUUGGUGUGCUAGCGAUAAUGAAUCCAAAGAUUAUUUCUUACACUGUUUUGAUUUUACAAGAGAGAGGUUUGGACCACGUCUACCUCUGCCUCCGUCCUCUUACUCUAGAUAUUGUGUUUUUCUAUCUUCGGUUAAAGAAGAGAAGCUUGCUGUGUUAUUUUCACCAUGGAGUACUUUUGGGUUUGAUAUUUGGGUUACAAAUAAGAUUGAAGAUCCCUACGUGGUUUCGUGGAGCAGAUUCUUCAAAGUUGAAACUGAAAAAACGAUACAAGACAUUGAUCGUGGUUUUAGGUCUGGCUACUUUUUUAUUGACGAGGAGAAGAAGAUCACUGUGGUUUUUGAUAUAUAUGGCGUAACUGACAGAUCAUACAUCUGUAGUGUGGAGAGUGGUCAUUUCAGAAAAGUAAAUCUCAGACCAUUAUCAGGAGCUUUCCAACUUGUGGGAUGUUAUGUUCCAAGCUCUGUGCAAAUUUAAGUAACAGAUUGGUGAUUAGUCCAUUUACAUGUUCUUUCAAACAGCAAUAAAUUCGAAGCUCUAUAUAAUUUCUUCGAUCUACACAACAUAUGAUAAAGAAUUUAUUUAUUUAAAUAUCUUAAAAGAGAGAGCUUUUCCUCUCUUUUCUUUACUUUUGUACCAUCUAAGCAGCAGUCCAUAGCUUCUUCAAAUAUCUUCAAACUAAUUUUGCUUAAAACUCUGUUUUUGUUUCAUUUAUAUGUUUUUCUAAUUCCACGUGUGAGGAUGACAUCGCAGGUAUCCAGGGCUGACUUUAGUUGUGUUUUGCUGAAGCAUUCACUUUACGUGUGUUUUAUUCUGUUCUCACUUAUUUUUCAUUAACAUUAGCAUGUAAAAUAACCUUGAAAUUACCAACUCAGAAGUGCCUUGCAUCUGAAGCCAUGUAAUGGAGUUGCGAAGUGAAGAUUGCUUCACCUGCUUAUAUUAGACUCCAUCAUCAUUCGAUUCUCAUAAAGAAACGAAACCUUAAACAAACACAGAAAAAGGGAAAGCUAAAAUCUUGAGGUUUUACAAUAGUAAUUUCGACAUAUACGAUUUGAGCUCUAACUCAUAGAGCGCUCCUAAUGCCACUCGAUCUUGAGAGGAAUAUAGAAGUGUUUCACAGACCUAACUUGCCUCUGAAGAGAAAUAUUUACUGACAUGAUAGAGAUAUAAAGACACUCAUUAUAAUUGCUUUUAAUUUGUUUGGACCGCGUCUGUCUUUACCUCUUCAUGUGCCUAACUCUUAUAUUGUGUGUAAUAUGACUCUGUCUACGGUUAAAGAAGAGAAGCUUGCGGCGCUUUUUUAUACCUGUGGCAUACAUUUGAGAUUGAUAUUUGGAUUACCAAUAUAUAAUAUUGAGCAUGAUGUGGUGUUGUGUAGCAACUUCUUUGAUUGACGAGGAGAAGAAGAUUGAUGUGGCUUUUAGUGAUAUAGACGAGACUGAUGAGAAAGCAUACAAAACAGCUUCCAUCAUUGAUGGGGAGAUUGGGAUCGUGUCAGAAAAGUGGAUCUCAGACAAUCUCCAUACACACGACCUUGCAAACUUGUGAGCUGUUAUGUUCCGAGCUCUGUGCAAAUCUAAGUGAAUUAGUGAUUAGGCCCUUUACAUGUUUUUCAAAACUAUACUAGCCGAUAGAUAAAUUUGAAGUUGUAUCUCAUCCUAUGAAGCACGGGGACGGCAAUUCACUGCCGUCUCACGUACCAGCGGCGUUUCCGGGACGGAGAUGUGGUGGGACGGCGUGGGAACGUUUCCGAAACAUUUCAGAGUCGGUGGAGACGGCAAAGAUUUGUGGAAACGGCGUAGUUAAGUUUCGGAAACGUUUUUGAAACGUUUCUUAUGUAAACUCAGUAUAUUUUUCUGGAAAACAAAAAAGGAAACACGUCAUUUAGUUAAACGAUUAGGGUUAAAAAGUUCUAAACCAUUUUUUGAUUUUAAUCUUAAAUAAACUCUUAUUGUCUUCAUCUUCUUUCUUAAUUGUCAAUUCUCAUCAUCUCUUAGAGAAACACAGUAAGUACUAUAACAAACUCUGUUUUUUGGUUUGUCAAUUACGUAUGUGUGUUGUUUCAUGGUUUUUCAAAUCAUACGUACAUAAGAUAUUAUA